UUUUUUAAGAAUGGUGUCGUUUUUUGAGAGAGAAAUAGGAUACUGAGUGGCAUGGGAGAGGAUAAAAAUAGCAAAAAAAGCAUAGAGAGAGAGGAAGAGAGUGAAAAAUCAAUCAUAGCUAUGGAGGAGUUUGACGCCUUGGAUUGGUUUGUCUGACUUUGUUUCAUCUUCAGAGUGCUGUUGGAUUUGGGGAGUGGAUUGAGAUGGAUUUUUCUGAGUCCACGAAAGUUGUUUACAAUAGAAUUCAGAGAGUAGAGCCUGAAAACGUCUCGAAGAUUAUUGGGUAUCUUCUAUUACAAGAUCAUGGUGAGCGCGAAAUGAUCCGGUUGGCCUUCAGCCCUGACAAUGUGAUCCACUCUUUGAUCAACAAAGCCAAAACUGAGCUUGGUUUAUCCAAACCCCCGGUUUCUACUCCCAUCUCACCAUCUCCGGUGAACCAAGUACCCAUUUCAGACCUGCCUUUACAGUUCACACCCUACUCGCCGGCUUUGUCACGUCCAAUUUCGUCUCCGGCGACUCUCCGAGGUGCAAAGUACUCGUACUGGGAUCCCCAAGUGGCUGCAGAGCAGCAACCAUUGCAUAAUAUAGACUUUGUCCCACCUGCGUACUCGGAUUCUGCUGUUGAAGAUUAUCGUCUUCAGAAUCAAAUGCAGUUCUUGACUUUGGAAGAUCAAAUAGAAUCUGCUAAUUCUGUUGGUUCAGAUAUUUCAAGCAAUUAUUAUUACCAAGAACCUGCAUUUGAUGUUAGAAAUACUCGAAGGUCUCCGAGCUUGCCUGAAUUUCCUGUCAAGGUCUGCCAUUACUUCAAUAAGGGGUUUUGUAAACACGGAAACAACUGUAGGUAUUUCCAUGGCAAUCCCAUCUCAGAAAGCUUUUCUCAGAUUCUAGGUCCAAGUUCAAAUGAGCUUCCUCUUGAAGACAAUGUCUUCUCUCCUAGGUCUCUUGAAAAGCUUGAAAUGGAGUUAACCGAGCUUUUGAAAUCAAGAAGAGGGUUUCCUGUUUCAAUUGCUUCACUGCCAAUGAUCUAUUAUGAGAAGUUUGGGAGGACCCUUCAGGCUGAAGGUUACCUUACAGAAAGCCAGAGGCAUGGUAAGGCUGGGUAUAGUCUGACAAAGCUUCUUGCUCGGUUGAAGACCAGCAUUCGCCUCAUUGACAGGCCUCAUGGGCAGCACUCAGUAAUCUUGGCAGAAGAUAUCCCGAAAUACUUGGAGUAUAUUGGUGAGAGAAAUGAUCCUGGUGGAAUUGUUGCCGGUUCUCGACAGAUUUAUCUUACCUUUCCGGCUGAGAGUACUUUCACAGAGCAAGAUGUUUCUAACUACUUCAACAAAUUUGGGCCUGUCCAAGAUGUUAGAAUUCCUUGCCAGCAGAAGAGGAUGUUUGGUUUUGUCACUUUUGUUUAUGCGGAGACUGUCAAGCAAAUUUUAGCUAAGGGGAAUCCUCAUUUUGUAUGUGGGGCUCGUGUUCUGGUGAAACCUUACCGGGAAAAGUCAAGGCUUGACAGGAAGUACACAGAUAAAAUGCAGCAGCCUGUGUAUUACAGUCCACAUUUCAUAGAUGGAGAUGGUGAGCUUAACACUAUGGCAAGAGUUUGCGAUAAUUCAGGGCUACUCAGAAAGCAGCUCAUUGAUGGACAUGAGCAGCAAGCGCUUGAACUUGAGAGCAGGCGUCUCUCAGAGUUGCAACUAACUUCUAAACCCUUGUCCCAUCACUCAUAUUUUGGUUACUCAAUGGAUGAAUUGAAGCUCUCAGAAGCCUGUGCAGAACAAGCAGAGUUUCCAUCUGCUGAACAUUUUAAUUAUUUGCUGGAUGUUUUGAACAAUGGUUCCACCAGUGAGGACAAUAGGAGGCAUAUAAACACCAACUACAACGACCAAGAUAGCACCCAAGGACUUAACCUUCCAGAGAGCCCUUUUGCAUCUGCUAUAGGAAGUGGCAUUUCAGCAGUUAUAUAGAGAUUCAGACACAGGAAGUAUAGAAGUAGAGUGAACGAGUUCCAAGACUAAUUCAAGGGUUUGAUACAACAGGACUUAACUUUUUCUUUUCAACUUUGAUGGGUCCGUCAGCUCCAUUAGAGUGAGAGCCACAGUAGAAGUCUUCUCCAUGUUAACUUUUGGUGGAGGAGAUUGCAAAGAACGAUACAGAAAAGCUAAUAUAUAAACAAGUUUCUUUUAUUUUUAUUUUCAAUGUAAUCACAAAGGCAAGCAAGAGAGCUUGUGGGUCUUUAGAAGAGUAUGUAAUGUAGUCUCCUUAGCUGAAAGAAAGGAAGUAGAGAAAAAGAAAAUAAAAAGCAAAAUCAGGGUUUAGAGAAAGAAGAAAGGUGUAAAGAUCUCUGCAACACUGGGACACAAAUGCUAAUAAAUUUUAUCUAUACAUAGUUUCAGCUUUUUACAUUA